GCCCGCCCUCAGCAUCGCCGCCUCGGCGGCUAUAUAACCUGGGCGCCCGCGAGGCGGGGACACGAGGAACUCGUCCCGCGCAGAAGGCACGACGUCCGGAGGCCCCAGGGUUAUGAGACCAUCACCGCUCAGGACCUACUAACAACUACAGGAAACCGAAACAUGACCAAAUCGUACAGCGAGAGCGGGCUGAUGGGCGAACCGCAGCCCCAGGGCCCUCCGAGCUGGACAGACGAGUGUCUCAGUUCUCAGGAUGAGGAGCACGAGGCGGACAAGAAGGAGGACGACCUGGAAACGAUGAACGCGGAAGAGGACUCGCUGAGGAACGGGGGAGAGGAGGAGGAGGAGGAGGACGAGGACCUGGAAGAGGAGGAGGAAGAGGAAGAGGAGGACGACGAUCAAAAGCCCAAGAGGCGCGGCCCCAAAAAGAAGAAAAUGACCAAGGCGCGCCUGGAGCGGUUCAAGCUGCGGCGCAUGAAGGCCAACGCGCGGGAGCGGAACCGCAUGCACGGCCUGAACGCGGCGCUGGACAACCUGCGCAAGGUGGUGCCCUGCUACUCCAAGACGCAGAAGCUCUCCAAGAUCGAGACGCUGCGCCUGGCCAAGAACUACAUCUGGGCUCUGUCGGAGAUCCUGCGCUCCGGCAAAAGCCCGGACCUGGUCUCCUUCGUGCAGACGCUCUGCAAGGGCUUAUCCCAACCCACCACCAACCUGGUGGCGGGCUGCCUGCAGCUCAACCCCCGGACUUUUCUGCCGGAGCAGAGCCAGGAGAUGCCCCCGCACCUGCCCGCGGCCAGCGCUUCCUUCCCGGUGCACCCUUACUCCUACCAGUCGCCGGGCCUGCCCAGCCCGCCCUACGGCACCAUGGACAGCUCCCAUGUCUUCCACGUCAAGCCGCCGCCGCCGCCGCCGCCGCCGCAUGCCUACAGCGCCGCGCUGGAGCCCUUCUUCGAAAGCCCCCUCACCGACUGCGCCAGCCCUUCCUUCGACGGGCCCCUCAGCCCGCCGCUCAGCAUCAACGGCAACUUCUCCUUCAAACACGAACCGUCCGCCGAGUUUGAGAAAAAUUACGCCUUCACCAUGCACUACCCCGCGGCGAGCCUGGCAGGGGCCCAAAGCCACGGAUCCAUCUUCUCGGGCUCCGCCGCCCCUCGCUGCGAGAUCCCCAUAGACAACAUCAUGUCCUUCGAUAGCCAUUCGCAUCAUCACGAGCGAGUCUUGAGUGCCCAGCUCAAUGCCAUCUUUCACGAUUAGAGAGAGAGAGAGAGAGAGAGAGGCGCGUCAGCUUCACCACCCCUCCCGAAUACGAACCCACUGUGCUGACAGUGACUGUUGUCUGUUGUCGUGUUUACAAAAAGGCAGCCCUUUGGGCACUCCUGCUGCAAAGUGCAAAUACUCCAAGCUCCAAGUGAUAUAUGUAUUUAUUGUCGUUACUGCCUUUGGGAGAAACAGGGGAUCAAAGUUCCUGUUCACCUUAUGUAUUAUUUUCUAUAGCUCUUCUAUUAAAAAAAAAAAAGUAGUACAGUAAAGUAAAUAAUAAUAAUAAUGCACCACAAAUUUGGUGUAGCUGUAGUUCAGAUCAUGUUAAUUAUCUGAUCGGGAUAACAAAAAUCACAAGCAAUAAUUAGGAUCUAUGCAAUUUUUAAACUAGUAAGUGGGCCAAUUAAUAUAUAUAUAAAUAUAUAUUUUUCAACCAGCAUUUUCCUACUUGUUACCUUUCCCAUGCUGAAUUAUUUUGUUGUGAUUUUGUACAGAAUUUUUAAUGACUUUUUAUAAUGUGGAUUUCCUAUUUUAAAAACCAUGCAGCUUCAUCAAUUUUUAUACAUAUCAGAAAAGUAGAAUUAUAUCUAAUUUAUACAAAAUAAUUUAACUAAUUUAAACCAGCAGAAAAGUGCUUAGAAAGUUAUUGUGUUGCCUUAGCACUUCUUUCCUCUCUAAUUGUUAAAAAGAAAUUGCACAAUUUGAGCAAUCCAUUUCACUCUAAAGUCUUUCCCUCUCUUUAAAAUGAAAACCAGAUCCACAAUACUCAAGAGGAUGAAAAAAAAAGUGAUGUAUUCCCUAUCAAACAUAUUAAAUCAUUGCUUGCACAAGCUUUUAUAUACAUAUUAUAAACAAAUGCCAACAUACCCUUCUUUAAAUCAAAAGCUGCUUGACUAUCACAUACAAUUUGCACUGUUUCUUUUUAGUCUUUUACUCCUUUGCAUCCCACAAUUUUACAGAGAAUCCGAAGCUAUUGAUGUUUCUAGGAAAUAUAAUGCAUGAUUUCAUACAUAGUCACACAAAUGGUGGUUUGUCAUAUAUUCAUGUAAUGAAUCUGAGCCUAAAUCAAAUCAGGUUGUUAAUGUUGGGAUUUAUACCUAUUGUAGUCAGUUAGUACAUAGCUUAAAUAAAUUCAAACCAUUUAAUUCAUCAUUAGACAAUAGCUAUUGCAUGUAAAAUGCAGUCCAGACUAAGUGCUGUUUGAGACGUGAUACUGGUUCCACUGCAAUCGAUCUGUACUGUAAUCUUGUUUGUAAUCCUGUAUAUUAUGGUGUAAUGCACAAUUAGAAGACAUGCAUUCAAUUGCAAUAAAAUAGUAUUAAAAAUCUGA